UUACAUACCACUUUCAUUUCCAGCGUUGCAAAGUUUCGUAGCAUUUCGCAGAGAGCGAGCGAGAGAUAGAUCAGAAGAAUCCAGUCUACAAAAGAGGUUUUCAUGGAGGAAGCGACUCUAGUAGUAGCACAGGCCACAGACAACGGCAAGACUGAGCUUGCCAGUGCCAGCCCUAGGAAGUACAGAAUUCAAGUUUCCAACACCAAGAAACCGCUCUUCUUCUACGUCAAUCUUGCCAAGAAGUACAUACAGCAGCAUGACGAGGUUGAGCUUUCUGCAUUGGGCAUGGCUAUUACUACGGUUGUCACAAUUGCUGAGAUUUUGAAGAACAAUAGAAUGGCCAUCCAGAAGAAAAUUUUAACAUCUACAGUUGACAUGAAAGAUGAGACCAAAGGCCGCAUGGUACCAAAAGCCAAGAUUGAAAUAUUGUUGGUGAAGGCUACCAGUUUCGAUAAUCUGAUGACUUCUGCUAACACAGCACCAGAGAUGAUUACAAAUAAUGACAAGAAGGAAUUAUGAGACCACAUUUGACAUCCAUUUUCUGUAAUUUGAUGUUUACGAAAUUUUAUUACAUUUAGGACUGAUAUUGGAGGGUAGGACUUUACAAUGAGAGCCACUGCUGCUAACAUGAAAGAGGAAUUAAGAGAUUAGAGAUACCACCUUCGCACGGGGGGAUCCUGUCUUUCAUUUCUAUGUUUCUCGCUAUCAUCUUUUCAUUUCUUUAGUUGUAAUCUUGUUUCUUGUAGGCAUGUAACUGAAUCUGGUUAGUCGACAAUACAAAUGAAAUGAUGAUUGAUGGUUGAACCACA